AUGCUGUUCGGCGCGAAGGACAUCGCGCUGCUGGAGCACGGGUGCCAGGCCCUCGGGGUGGACAGUCACAAGUCCCUGAUGAUCCUGGGCAUCCCCGAGGACUGCAACCACGAGGAGUUUGAAGAGAUCAUAAGGGCACCCCUAGCGCCUCUGGGCAAGUUCGAAGUGGCCGGAAAGGCCUUUCUGGAGGAAGAGAGGACCAAGGCGGCCAUCAUCCGGCUGGCGGGAGACAUCGACUACGCCGCGAUUCCCAGGGACAUCCAGGGCCAGGGCGGCCUGUGGCGAGUGGUCUACAUGCCCCGGAGGCAGGACGUCGCCUUCCUCACCAAGCUGAACCUCUUCCUGCAGCGCGAGGGCCGGACGGUGGAGGACGUGGCCCGCGUCCUCGGGCAGGAGCUGGGCCCGUCCACGCCGGGCCCGCAGGAGCCGCCGGCCACCCAGGGCUGUGCGCCGGCCGGGGAGAAGCCGGGGGCCGGAUCCCCUGCCGGGGUGCGCGGGGUGCCGCCUUUGGGCCUGGCGGAGAAAGAGAGCAAGGCCGGAGAGGGCAAAAAGGGCAAGAAGCAGCACAAGAAAAGCCGGCGACGCCACCACGCGUCUGACAAGAAGCCUUGAGGGCGGCAUCAUGGGGACACCAGCAGAAGCCGAGAGAGAAGCAGAGCCAUGAGAAGAGCAGAGAGAAUGUGAGAGAAGGCCAGAGAGCCCAAAGUGAAGACUUGCUGGGGGCUGAGAGGCCUGCGCCCCUGCCUGCUGUGUACCUGGCAAUCCCAAUAAAACCCUGCAAAACCACUGAGGACUCUGACUCCUCCUUUACCCGGUCUGCUGGAUCAGAAAACCUGCACUGUGGUCAUUCCUGCCUCUACACCCAGUUCUUG